AUGGACUACUGUAGAUUCGGUCUGCCGGACCUGAGCAGCUUUGUCUUGUUUCGCGAGGCGGCGCCGAUGGUCUCCUCGUGGUCGGUCAACGAGGUGUUUCGCUUCAUCGUGCGGCUCGGCUUUCCACGUGAGGCGCUGGCGUUCAGAAGAGAGGAGGUGGAUGGUCCUGCACUGCUGCUGUUGAAGAGGUACGACGUUCUUUCGAGCCUUUCGUUGCAGCUCGGCCCGGCUAUCAAUCUCUAUAGGCGGAUCGCCACUCUGCAGGACAUGGUCAGGAAGGGGCAAUGCGAAGAUAAGUUAGAUUACGUCUGCCGCACGGGUUGUCGGUACAAACUCGAUGUACUGAGGGUCAGGGAUGCUCUCCUCCCGGAGAAGAGGACGCUUGACCUACAUGGUCGGUGGUCAGGUCAAGAUAGCUUACACCGCGCCGGUGUGGCUAUUCUCUUGUCCACUAUAAUAAGCCCGGGGGUCAUUUCCAUAGAACAGACGCCGGAGAGAAUCAAUCCAGGUCUGUCGCAUGAAUGUCAAACAUGCGACAAUGUCACCUAUGCCCCGUGCUUUAUUGCGCCACGACGCUGUGACGUCACAAUCGUCACAGGCGACCUCAACGAGAAGGUGGGUGCCGAGUACAGCAAAUGUUCAGGCGAACUCGGCCGUCAUAACACUGGCAACGCGAAUGACAAAGGCAUCCGUCUGCUGAACUUUUGA